UGUGUAACAUUAAUUUAUAAUGAAGGUAACCACCCACUAACAUUUUAGUUGUAGGUAGACGGACCUAAUAAGUUGACAGUUGAUUAUUCGAUAUUGAGGGUGGAUUGAAGAAUGAACGGGCAUCGGACUUGAAACGAGUUCAGUCGUAUGACGGUUUGGAAUCCUAACGGUCGAUUGUAAAAUAUACUGGAUUAUCAAUAUAGUUGUGAACUGUUCAACAUCGUUUUAUUUCAUUCCGUGAAAUACACACCAACAAGAGUGCGGCGGCGUUUCAACUUCAGAAGACGGGAUAAAAACACAGGCCCACGAAAAGACAAAAUUAAAUAAUGGAGGAUGAUGAUGACAAUGGGCAGCCAGCUCCAAGCAGCCCUGUGCUACAAGGACCAAGGACUACUAUUGCUGCACACCGUGUGCCAAAUGCCGGUCACCGAGAAGAGAUAAGGUCAGAGAGAAUCUUAUCCACUCCUAGGCAGAGUCGUCACCGUAGCCGUACUGGUAGUGUUCGAACGGCUAGGAGUCGCAGUCGAACUCGAAACCCUAGUGUUGGCUCAAUCGUCAGAAGGCACAGUCGGAGUCGUAGUCGUAUGUUUAACGACGAACAAAAUUACCUUCACAAUCGGAGACAUGAUCAAACGCGAAGUCGUACUCGUAGUCGUAGUUCUCUGCGCAACGAUAGGCUACGGGAGGAGCUGGAGCUCGAGAGACAGCGCUUACGUGUUUUAGAAAGUCAAUUGAGGAACGAGCGUGAUCGACAGGAACUUCAGGAACGCGCGCGUCAUAGAGAUUCGGAGCUACGCAGUUCUAGACGGAGCCCUGAAGAAGGUGAGAGGACCAGGAGGUUCACAGAGCUUGUUAUUCGGAGACGAACACCGGACAGGGACAUCAGCGUGGAGACCGGGAGGUCCAUGGAGCUCCGAAAUCGGAGACGGAGCCCUGCAAGGGACAAUGAGAGUACCGGGAGGUACUUGGAGCUUCGUGAUCGAAGACUGAGCCCUGGAAGGGACGACGAGGUCAGGUAUGAUUCAACAUCUCGUUUCUUUGAAGAGUUUUUAAAGGUUAUGAAGAAACAGAAUAAUGAGCAAAAUAACAGUUUUCCUGUCUUAAACAAUGUUAUUCCGGACUUUGACCCAUUGAGUAGGGAGCAACCAAUUACUGUUUGGCUAAGCAAAGUGGAUGAAUGUGCCGAAAUGUAUAAAUGGAACGACAGACAAACUAUCCACUAUGCUUUGCCUAAGCUAACUGGUCAUGCUAAGUUAUGGUACCAAGGGUUACCAUCCCUGAAACGAACUUGGCCCGAAUGGAAAGUUCUUCUAGCGGAAUCAUUCCCUGCAACCGAGAAUUAUGCAGAUUUAUUAACAGAGAUGCUAGCUAAGAGGGCUCGUUUCGGCGAAUCCUUAGAAUUGUACUAUUUCUCGAAAAUAAAUUUAUUAAAUCGCUGCAAAAUUUUCGGUAGGGAAGCUAUAGAUUGCAUUAUACAUGGUGUAGACGACAGAGGGGUCAGGGUAGGCGCUCAAGCGGCACAUUUUGAGAAAACAGAACAAGUUUUGCAAUUCUUUAAAACCAUUAAAGUUCAGAAUAAAGAAAACAGCACAGACCUGAAGAAAGAUAGAAAAGUUUCUAAUAAUAAUAACACGUUUAGUAAACAAAGUUACAGAACUAGCAGUAGCGACGCAACCCCUCUUAAACCACGGCAAAGUUCAGAUAGUGUGGUGUGUUUUAAUUGCAAAGAGAAGGGACACCCGUGUUCUAAAUGCCCAAAACCCAUUGUUAAAUGCUCGUAUUGCCAUUUUAUAGGUCAUGCUAUUAGUGACUGUCCCAAAAAGGCAACUAAACCUGAAGUAAAGGAUAAAAGCGUUAUGAGAGUUAUCCAUGUGAACAAAGAUGACAAGAAUCUGCAUGACUCAUCAAAUGACAAUACCAGCAGUAAAUAUAAGAUGGUAAUUGAAAUUAAUGGCAAACCGAUAGCUAGUCUCGUAGAUUUGGGUUCUGAGACUACUCUUAUCCGUAAGUCAGAUGCGGAAACGUUAGGACUAGAGUGGACAACAGUUAAUGGUACUGUUUUAAAGGGGCUAGGUUUAAUACCAUACAUUCCGUUGGGGCAUACCCAAGCCAUAAUUGAUGUUCAGGGCGUCACUGAAAAGGGAGUAGAGAUUUAUAUAGUUGACGACCAUCUUAUUAACUGUUCAUUGCUAUUAGGACACUCCUAUACAGAACGACCAAAUGUUUGCAUUAUCAAAACAUCAUCGGAAUUGAGAUUUGUGAGAGUAGAUGAAGACAAUGACACGAAACUGUUACUUAAAGCGGAAAAAGACGUAACAAUCGCUGAAGGCUCAAUGAGUGCAGUUCGGGUCAUUGCGGAUAAACAAUUCAGCGGAAUUGUCUACGUUAGUGGCUCGGUUAGGGGGGGUGUUGGUAGUGAAUAUUAUCUUUUGCCGGGUGAGUAUGAAAUCAAUUUAGGCACUUGUUUGCUACUCGUACAGAAUUUAGGUGCAAAGCCUUUAACCAUUCUUAAGGGUUCACUCGUUACUCGCGCCAGAUAUUUGAAUGCGGUGAAGCAUGUGCAGAAUGUGUCAGUUACAGCUGAACAGAAGGACAUUUCAGAUGAAUCGAUUAGAUGUGGAGACAAUCUGCCUUCCGAUGUAAAUCAUAAGCUGAAUAGAUUACUGGAUAAAUAUGAAACCUGUUUCUCAACUGGUUUACGUGAUUUAGGGUUCACAACCGAAGCUGAAAUGGUUAUCCAGCUUAAAGACUCGGAACCUGUGGUUUAUAGACCAUAUAGGAUGUCACAUUCAGAACGGCAACUUGUCCAGGGUAUGGUAGAUGACAUGGUUGAGUGCGGGAUAGUUCGGGAGUCCAAGUCACCCUAUGCCAGUCCAAUUGUUUUGGUACACAAGAAAUCUGGUGAAAAGAGACUCUGCGUCGACUAUCGCGCACUCAACAAUAAAACUAAACGCGAUCACUACCCCCUGCCUCGGAUUGAAGAUUUGCUGGACCAGUUAUCUGGACAGACGGUGUUCACAACGCUCGAUCUCGCGUCAGGGUACCACCAAAUACCCAUUGCAGAAGAAUCCAUAGAGAAGACUGCGUUUGUCACGCCGGAUGGGCAGUACGAGUAUACCCGCAUGCCAUUCGGCCUGGCAAACGCACCAGCAGUAUUUCAGAGGGUAAUGCAUAAGGUCCUGGCCAAGAUCAAAUAUGUUGUUAUCUACAUGGACGAUAUUUUGAUCCCAGCGGCCUCCUUUGAGGAGGGCUUGACUCGGCUGGAAGAAGUUCUUAGUGUACUGCAGCAAAGUGGUCUUACUCUUAAGAAGCAAAAAUGUAACUUCUUCCAACAGAGUAUUGAAUUUUUGGGAUUUGAAAUAAGUAAAGAGGGUGUCAAGCCUGGGCUGCAAAAAGUGCAAGCCGUUUCAAAAUUCUCUGUUCCGACAAACCAGCAUGACGUUCGAAGGUUUCUGGGUUUGGCAAGCUUCUUUAGAAGAUUCGUCAAGGAUUUCGCAUUAAUAGCUAGGCCGUUGACGAGUCUUUUGAAGAAGGACACCCCUUGGAGAUGGACUUCAAUCGAGGCUAAUGCAUUUGAGAGCCUACAAAAACGUCUCGUCGAAAGGCCUGUACUUGCUCUGUAUGAUCAUACUGCUGAAACGCAGCUCCAUACAGACGCAAGCAAAAUGGGCUUAGCUGGCAUCUUGCUGCAGCGUUCAGGUUCCGACCCUUGGCGCCCCGUAGCAUACUAUAGUCGACAAACGACUAUCGACGAACAAAAGCUACAUUCCUUUGAGCUUGAAACCUUGGCUGUCGUAAGCUCACUUAUGAAAUUUAGGGUAUACCUGCUCGGGGUCAAGUUCACAAUCGUCACCGACUGUAAUGCCCUACGUUCAACAUUCACAAAGAGGGAUCUUGUUCCUCGUAUCUCAAGAUGGUGGAUACAGUUUUUAGAGUACGAUUGUGAAGUUGAAUAUCGAGCAGGAGAGAAAAUGGCGCACGUUGAUGCGCUUAGCCGCAGUCCCAUCAACGACAAUGAUGAACCACCACACGUACUCGACGUCCUUUCAGUGAACCUUGAAGACUGGAUCACGACUGUCCAAUCUAGUGAUACGGAAAUAAAACAUAUUAAAGAUAUUCUACAAGACCCUUCAACUACAAAAAUUGUAAAUAUACAUAAAGAAUAUAAAUUGAAAAACGGUCGAGUGUAUCGUAUCAUUGAUGAGAACACGAUGCGUUGGGUGGUUCCUAGAGGCGUCCGUUGGCAAAUAUUGAAAGCCAACCACGAUGACGUGGGUCAUUUCGGCUUCGAAAAAACCUUGCAGCGGCUAAAAUCACACUAUUGGUUCCCCAAGAUGCGUCGGUUUACCAAAAAGUAUGUGUCGGCUUGUUUAGAAUGCGCCCACCACAAAAUUCCGGCUGGGGCUAAAGAAGGAGAACUUCACCCGAUUCCAAAAGUCGAAGUGCCAUUUCACACGGUACAUGCAGAUCAUUUAGGACCGUUCGUACGAAUGGCCACGCCACGUGCCAAUGGCCAGGUGGAGCGCUAUAAUCGCACCAUCUUGUCUGCCCUUAGCACAAUGUCUCACGGCCAAAGCCCUGAUAAAUGGGAUGAAUAUGUCCAAGACGUUCAAAUUGGAAUUAAUUCUACGGUGCAUGAGGUAACGAAGAAGUCACCGAACGAGUUACUUUUUGGCAUGAAAGCGACCAACGCUUCUCAGGGAAUUUUAAGCGAGGUGAUAGAGGAAAUAGAUAGAGAUGUAGUAGAACCAAACCUAGAAGAAAUUAGGGAACAGGCAAGAGAUUCCAUAGAGAAAAACCAAGAAAAGAAUAAAGAUAGAUUUGAUAGGAGUAGAAAGAAGGGCACUCAGUAUAAAGAAGGAGAUCUAGUUAGGGUAGUUAGAGCUAUAGUUGGAGGAACAGACUUCAACUAA